AUGUCGGGCAGGCCGCCGUCGAGGAUGACAAAGAGAGACCCAUGGGCGAGAUUCGAGGCAUGGCGCUACCACCCCGAGAUUAGCAAGGUCGCCAACAUGAGGAGAAUGUUCCCCGGGCUGGGGCUAGGCGUGGCCGCGUUCCUGGUCCUCUCGGCCGUGGAGGAGCUCUACUGGAAACCCAGCCACCCCGCCAACAGCGGCGACCAUCAUCACUAG